GUAGUAAUAGUGAUAUUUUAUAACUUUUGAUGUAUACCUGGAUAAACUAAAUAUGGACCCCUUGUGUUGAUUUUGCACUUUGUACACCUGUGUGUGGGUAAUGGAGAGAAAGAGAGAGAGAAAAGACUCAUUCAUCUGUUAGUUAGCAACAAUGCAAGCUCAUCUUAUCUGAAAUAAGCCAUAGCAACCAUUACUAAAUAAUCUAAGUUUAUCCAGGGAUCCCUUUUGUGUAGCCAGGAACUUCAUUUAUGUCCACUUGGUUGUCAUAGUAACAGUAGGUAAGGUAUCACCUCCCAGUGAGUUGUUAGACCAGUUGUUAGAUUUAUUCCCUAAUUGUGUUGUUAUAGUAUUAGAUGAUUCAUCUGAAAGCUUUCUUCUCAUAUAUGUUGGUAAUUACUUUAAAAACAAAUGACUGUAUUUAUUUAAAAUUGACUGUAUUUAGAGUCAUAUGAAGCCUACAGCAGGCAAAGUAGACAGUUUACUUUGGCUCCUUUGCUUUCAAAUCCACGGUUUAUCCGUUUUCUGAUCCCAAGUCAGGAACAUUCACCUUUACACUCCUCUACUGAGCUCUACCUUUACUCUGUGUGGUUAUAAAACCGCUGGCCCACGUGCUGCUCAGUCGGCCAAAACGUCCUCAGAGGUCUGUUUACCACAUGGGCUAUUUGAAUGUGUGAUAGCUGUCACCUUGUUACAAUCACAUUUAGGCUGAGGAACGAUGCCUUCUGAUUGACAUCAACAGCAGCACUUCCAUCAUGAACAGCGAGGAAGAGUUCUAUGAUGCUGAGACAGGUUUGGAAUCAGACGACUCCUGUGAAGUCAGCUUUAAAGAUGCAUGCGUCAAGCAGACGGUAAACGGCAAAGUGCCGUCUGAGAAUGGAGUUUGGGAGAGACGAACUACUCUCCCAGCGCCCAUGUACUCUAGAAAUGACUUCAGUAUAUGGGGAUUUCUGAAGAAAUGCAUUGGAAUGGAGCUGUCGAAGAUAACAAUGCCUAUUGUUUUCAACGAACCGCUGAGCUUCUUGCAAAGAAUUACAGAAUACAUGGAACAUACAUACCUCAUCCAUAAAGCUUGUACACAUUCGGACUCUAUUGAGCGUAUGCAGCUUGUUGCCGCAUUCGCCGUUUCUGCUGUUGCAUCGCAAUGGGACAGAACUGGAAAACCUUUUAACCCUUUGUUAGGAGAGACUUACGAGCUCACGAGAGAGGAUGUAGGUUACCGAAUGAUCUCAGAACAGGUCAGCCACCAUCCACCAAUCAGUGCCUUCUAUGCGGAGUCACUGAAUCAGGACUUCUCGUUUCAUGGCUCUAUCUACCCUAAACUGAAAUUCUGGGGGAAGAGUGUGGAGGCGGAGCCAAAAGGCACUAUGACGCUCGAACUGUCCAAGCACAAAGAAGCAUACACAUGGACAAAUCCUAUGUGCUGUGUGCAUAAUGUUAUACUGGGUAAACUGUGGAUCGAGCAGUAUGGAACAGUGGAGAUAGUUAACCACAGCACCGGGGAUAAGUGUGUGCUGAAUUUUAAGCCAUGCGGCAUGUUUGGCAAAGAGCUGCACAGAGUAGAGGGACAUAUCCAGGACAAGAGUAAAAAGAAGCGUCUGGUUAUCUACGGGAAAUGGACUGAGUGCAUGUACAGCAUUGAACCAAAAGUCUACGAAGCCAAUAAGAAAGCAGAGAAGAAAAGUGGAGGAGAUUCUAAGAAACACAAGCAGGAGCAGGGUACAGGCGGUGAGGAUGCAGAUGAGAUGCCAGAUAUCCAGGAGACGGUCACUAUGAUCCCAGGCAGCACAUUACUGUGGAGAAUUGCUCCUCGACCUCCAAACUCCACACAGAUGUAUAAUUUUACCAACUUUGCCAUGGCACUCAAUGAGCUGGAGCCCGGCAUGGCUGGAGUCAUAGCGCCAACAGACUGUCGUCUGCGACCGGACAUAAGAGCUAUGGAGAAUGGUGAUAUAGACACUGCAAGUCAAGAAAAGGAGAGACUGGAGGAGAAGCAGAGAGCUGCCAGAAGAGAACGUGCUAAAGAUGAAGAAGAGUGGUCCACAAGAUGGUUUCAGCAAGGCAAUAAUCCUUAUACCGGAGCUGCGGACUGGAUCUACAAGGGUGGUUACUUUGACAGGAGGUACUCUGAUCUUCCAGACAUCUACUGAUUUGGUUGGAGCACUCGAUCCAUAUCAUUUCCUCUCUCUUAUAAGCUCCUUUCAUAUUUCACCUUUUCAUUUUUUUUGUUUGGCGGAACGAGAGAUUCAAACGAAUGUUUAUCGGACAAAGCCUCUCCACACUUUUACUGUCCACUAGAAUGUAAAUUCAGUGUUCGUGAGAAUUUAUUUAUUUAUUGCAAAAAGUAGGGAAUGCCUUACGAAGUAAUUCAUGUUUUUUUUUUUUCAUUUUGUUGUAUGUUAGAGCUAUUAUGUGCAAACCUCAAUAUGUAUGUAGACAAUAUAGUUGUUAGUUUAUAUACAUAAGUACUUACCUUUCCGUGCGUGUCUUGCCUAGUUACACUCAGGUGUUUAUUUUAUUGGUACAAGCGCUGCAGUGCCACCUGUAUUAAAUUCUGUUUGAUUGUUGAA